AUGUCCGACAGGUUGACGCAAUUGCAAGACCUUGUUAACGAGUUGGCAUCCUUUAUGACAAAUGCCAUCGGAGUGCUACAGGCGACAGCCCCUCCAUGUGAUUUCGACCGUUGCAAUCCGGAGCUCGAAGAGGAGACAAACUGUCAGUUGUUCGCGGCACAUAUUGCUAGAACUGCCAAGGAUGUUGAAGUAUUGAUUGACUCUUUCCCGAUUGAUGAUGCUGGAAAUGGAGACACAGUUGAACAAUUACUGCAAGUAGAUGCCGAGAGAUCAAAGGUAGCUCGUGAACUAGAGUGCAUUGUCGCAGAUGGAGAAGAUCUUGUUCAAGAAUUCAGAAACGCCUUGCAGAUGUGGCGCGAGUUCAGAUUAUGUCAAGGCCAUCAUGUUGAGAGUUACAGUGCUAACAGUGUUAUGGGUAUUCUUUACUUAGCUGUUGUAAAUUUGAAAAAGUAUCGGUGUAUAUAUCUCUGCCAGUUUUUACAAUUUUUGAUUUUAUCAAUGAAGUGCUUUUCUUCAUGUGUAGACCGAUGUUACUGUAGUUCAGAUUAA